GUUCAAACAGAAAUGAUGGUGGAAUUCCAUGGAGAAAUCCGAAGCUCCGGCGAUGAAGACGAGCAAGACAAGGAAGAGGAACUUAGCUACGAUGAUCUCAAGAAACGGAUGUGGAAAGAUAGACAGAGGAUGAAGCAGUUGAAGGAGAAGCGGGAUACUGAAGAACCUGAAUCCGCGGCCAGAGAAGAAGCCUCUCGCCGGAAAAAAAUGGCCAGAGCUCAAGAUUCGAUCCUUAAGUACAUGGAUAAGAUAAUGGAUGCUUGCAAGGCAAAAGGGUUUGUUUAUGGGAUCGUUCCGGAGAAGGGGAAACCAGUCACCGGCUCCUCGGAGAGCCUCCGUGAGUGGUGGCGGGACGACGUCCGGUUCGAACAAGAUGCUCCCUUAGCCAUAGCUCAAUUCCUCCCGAAAGUUCUCGAAGAAACAGGGCUGGAUUCAGAGUCGUUUUUGCACAUGCUUCAUGAUUUACAGGACACAACAUUGGGGUCGAUUCUCUCUGCUUUGAUUCAACACUGUAUUCCGCCACAGAGGAAAUUCCCACUUGAGAAGGGUUUAGCGCCGCCGUGGUGGCCGACGGGGAAUGAGCUUUGGUGGGGUGAACAGGGCGCUGCUGGUGGACAUGGCGUACCGCCGUAUAAAAAGCCUCACGAUCUCAAAAAGGCAUGGAAAAUUAGUGUCUUGGCAGCAGUGAUCAAACAUAUGUCCCCUGAUUUGGAAAAUAUGAGGAAAUUGGUUCGACAAUCGAAGAAUUUACAAGCGAAAAUGACGGCGAAGGAGACGCUUACUUGGGCUAAAGUCGUGAAUCAAGAAGAAUCCCUGUUGCAGCUAACAAAAAGAAGCCUCAAAAUCACAUCCGACGAAGACGAACAUGACGAAAACAGAGAAGAACAGGACGCCGGUGGGAUUAUUACGAAACGUAAGUGUAUAUUCGAACAAGUAGCUGCAGCCGCAGCCGUUUCGACGCUGUACCCUUGUCAGAACCGACGUUGCCCACAGAGCGAGGCGCCGAUGGGAUUCACCGACAAGAACGCAAGAACAGAGCAUGAGACGCAGUGCAUUUACAGAGAAGCAGAGGAUGAGAACGUCGACACGCAUUUGAAGAGCGUGGUGGAGUGGAUGAACUGGGAGCUGUCGAGGGCGGAGCCAAGCAGCGACGAGGGGAGGAGCGAAGACGCCGUAGAUGGGUCCGGCAGCAGCACGGUGGAGAAUUACGGGAGCAGGUACUGGAAGGGCGGCGUGGGAGAGGCGGCGGUGGAUGAGGCGUUUGAGAUGCAUAGAGUGAGUAUGGAUUUGAAUGCGAGUCCGGCGGCGGAUUUGGGUGCGCAACAAGAUGCGACUUCCGUUUGGGAUUUGAUAUAUGAAUGGGCUGAAGACUAACACUUAACACCAACCAAGGUUUUCCCACAUUAUGGGGUUGUUCUUAUGGAUUUUGAAGCUUUCAUGA